AUGUUUCUCAUUGAUACAAGAAACAAAACAAUUCACGGAAAUCCCAAAAAAGUAAACAAACUUCUGAGGAAGGAAGGAAGUAAAAAAAAUGCCCGAAAAUCGCGUAUCCUCAGUCCUGAACAAACAACGGAAGUCCGGACGCUUCUGUGAUGUGAUUGUUAAGUUAAAUUCUCAAUUUCAACUGUGGGGUCACUUUUCCGUUCUUGCGGAUCAGAGCAACUUCAUUGGCAGCAAAUACUUCACGAAUGAAGCCCAAUUCUCCAUCAAGAAUCCCAUUACCAUUGAAAUUAUGAAUUUCUCCUGCCAGAAUUGCCUGUGCGACAUGCUAGACUACCUCUAUGCGAAUGAUAUUGUUGUGUCAGCUGAGCAUAGGACGCACUUGAAGGCUCUGUCCAAGAUCCUGCAGGUUCAGGAACUCUAUGAACUUCUCGGGGAGGAUGAAACGGAAGUACCUGAGUUAGAGUACGAACAGGUGCCAGAUGAAGAUGAUGUUCAGACAAAUUCAAUUAUUAAAAUGGGAGCAAAGACAGAAAAGGCUGAGCUGCAAGAAACUCCUGAAAAUUGCUCCCAACCAAAUGGACACCCAUCCAGGAUGUACUCAUGCAAUGGAUGCAAGCUGAAACACUACAAAUCCCUGGAUAUGCUUAACCAUCUUCUUGCGUGCGAUUUAACAACCUCCAAAUGUAGUCUCUGUGAUUUUAAAUGUGAUUCAGUCGUGGAAUUGAAGACACAGCACCUGCCCCGCCACAGUGACCCCAAACCAUUCUUCUGCACAGACUGCCCAUCGAGAUUUCGCACAAGGACAGCUCUUGCUCUGCACCGACCGAAGCACUCACCAGCUGCACCGUUUGUCUGCAAUAUUUGCGGGAAGGGCUUCAAAUGGAAACAGGGACUCACGAGCCACUUCCUGGUGCACACAAAAGAGAAGAAACUUCUCUGCGAUGUAUGUGGAUUCAGCACGGGGCGUCUGAAAACCCUCAAAGUACACAAAAGUGGUCAUUCUGGGGUCCUGUGGCAGUGCUCAGUGGCCGGAUGUACCCACUCUACGCGGCGGAAGGACAAUAUUCGGAUGCAUUUGACAACGCACAGCAGUGAAAAGCCAUUUGUCUGCGAAGUGUGUGGAUUCAGCUUCAGGCACAGGAAGAAUCUCAAUAGGCAUGCCCUAAUGCACAUGCCCAAGAAGCUCCAGCAGUGCCCACAUUGCUCCUUCAGUAGUCAUCGGAAAGACAGAUUGGAUGAUCACGUGAAUCGCCUGCAUACAGAGAAACCAAUUCAGCUGGAACUUCCGGAAGAGCCCGUAAAUCCGAUUGAAGCGAAAAAAGGUCCCAAGAAGAGACCUCAGAAGCCAACAAAGACAACUCAUCACUUUCCAACACAAUUCAUCCCAAUCCUACCCAAACCUUCUUCAAAAUAAUAAAGUCUUUUUAAAAAGAAAUUAAAAUCUAUUUGGGCUUCCCUUCCGUGCCAACAUACUUAA